GCAGGGCUGCUGGUCAGUGGGAGCAGACACAACUAUUAUACAUUAAUAAAAGAAGGCACCUCCAAUAAUGCUGGGAAGUACAAUUAUAAACCGUCAACAACAUAUUGGACUGCAGAAGCUCUCCGCCUUGGCAGGAAUCACACACUCCUCUUUGGGCCCCACUAAAAAGUACAAGUUUAUCCAAGAUGACACAAGUGGGGAGUCAGCUCUUGCAUGCUCAUGUUGUCGCAUCAUUGAGAACCUGGAGCUGACCUGUGCGGUGGGUCAGCUGGUUUAUGAGACUCUUCAAGCCCACCAGAAGGUCUAUAAUACAGGAUCAGGAUGCCUGCUUUUCCUCGCAGGAGCGUGGAGCCGUGCCGCCCUGGAGUGCCUCCAGAGAGGAAUUUCAGUAUCACACAUCAUCUCAGCUAUGUCUGAAGGGAUUGAUAUAUGCAUCGAUGUUUGCAGGAAAUGCUGUGUCUCAACCGAGGGUCUUGGUGUGGAGCAAUCAGAGAGCUGCACUGAGACAUCUCAUGGCUUAGGACUUCAACUAUCAAAGAAACCCAUAACAGAGGCUUCACAGGUGUUGUGCUACCUGCAAGGCACAACUAAUGUUGGUCACAUGAUGACUCCAAACACUGGUGGACAACGGAAAGUAAAGCUCAGCAGACAUUUUUGUGAGACCAAGUCUAAAAGUGUCUCCACAGUACCACAACUUAAUCAGCCUGUGCUCCUUAACGUUGCUCACAUUGCUGAGGGAUUGAGUCACGGUUAUGUCGAUGCAAUGAAUUUAGUAGUGGAAGCCAAGCAGAUGCAAUCAAAAAAUAAUCAACAAGAUAUCAGCUGUUCCACAUUUGACAUAACUAAAGUGGUGACUUGUGUUCUGCCUGGUUUACCAGAGGACCAUGCGUGCGUGUUACCAGGCUGCAUGGUUCUCUUAUCUGCUGAACAGGCUUCAGUUGCACAUCGCUUUAAAGAUCAGCGCGUGAAGGUUGCUCUUAUUAAUGGAGAUUUGUCAGAUACGUUUCGCCAUCUUGGCUUUAGUAGGCCAGCAGGUGUACAGCAUGUGAGUGACCAGUCAGCUUUAAGUUCAAGCAAAGAAGAGGAGUGGAUGGCAAAGGUUGUGGCGCUUCUGCUGAACCUGGAAGUGAACCUGAUACUAGUCAGUGGGGUUGCUAGUGAGAACGUCGUUCAACGCUGCUGUCGACAUCAUAUACUUGUGGUGGAAAAAGUGAAGACUUCUAUUUUGAAGGCAUUCGCUGAUUCAACAGGAGGUGUUCCAGUGACUUAUGCCACACAGUUGAGUAAGCACUGUGUUGGCUCUGGGGUGAAGGCUGUGAUAUGGAGGGACCUCAGCAGCUCUGAGGGACAGUUUUUAACAGCUGUGAAUAUUUCCCCUGGUGGGAACAGCGGGUUGGUCACAGUGAUCCUCACGAGCUGCGUACACGGAAAGCUGCAGGCUCUGGAGGAUCAGUUUUGGGCCUGUGCUUAUCGUUUACACCACGCGCUGAAAGACAAAGCCCUGCUUCCUGGUGCUGGAGUGACAGAAAUGCUGUGUAUUCAUCACCUUCAAAAGCAAGCAGGCCACCAUGUUGCAGAGAGAGCAGCUAACCCUUACAGGGGUAUAGUGUUGCGCCUCAUGGCAGAUGGUUUGAUUGAUUACAUAUCUACGGUAAUGGUUAACACUGGUAGGUUUUCAAAAGUGAAAGCCAGGACUGUGGUGAGCCAACAGCUGCAGCACUGCAACGGACAUCUAGGCAUUGCUUCAAAGUUCUCACAACUUUUCUUGGAGGGUGAAAAAGAAGACAGUGCAGUUUUCUCAGCAGUGAAAUCCGAUGGAGCGCCAGCAAUGAAAGUCUAUGAUAAUCUGAGUGUGAAGCUGGAAGUAUGGAGGAAAGCCUUAGAUCUGGUUUUCCUGGUCUUGCAGACUGAUGCAGAGGUCAUCACAGGCAUAGACCAAAACACUGAUGGUUCACAGGAAAAUCUGAUGCUGUUAUGAUCUUCAUGCAGCAUCUUGGGGAAUUAUCAGAACAACUUUCUGAAGUUUGUUUUUUUUUUUUUCAAAAUUGUUUAAAAGUUCAUUCAGCCUGCAAACAUAUCUUUAGAAAUAUGAAAUUAAGUUGUUUUUUUUUUUCUUAAUGACUAGUACAAUGUUCAAAAAAAGUUUUUCUUUUUUUCUUUUAUGCGUUCGAUGAAUAGCCAAAGGACCUUAUUCAGAAAGAUAAUUUUAGUGAGGCAUGUUUUUUUUCUACCACAUGGGGGAGACACAUGAUUAUGUGACACUGAAGUCCAUCUGACUCCCUCGUGUAAGUUAAUAUAUGUAAAUAUGACUAAUUAGUUGGCCAAAAUUGUUGACCGAUUAUUGGCCAAUUAAUGACCGAUAUUUCCAAUAGAAGGUAUGCAUGGGUGAGACCCAGAUAUUUCAAACAUGCCCACAGAAUGAAAAUAAAAUGUAAGUUAAGGAAUCAGAAAAAAGGAGCAAGACAACAUGUAUGAAGGGUAAAGUAUUUUUAUUUAUUUAUUUCAAAUUUUGAAUUUUGCCCCUUCACUCUUUGCUAUGAUAAACGAUAAAUGAGCACAGUAUCAUAAACAUAUGAAGAUCAGUCGUAAUCAUAUAUUUCCCUGCUUUAAUUUAAUUUGUCUUUGUUGUCGCACUGUUUCUCUUGAGGAUGCUGCGUACUGUUCUCAUGGGAAAUACCCUAAAUUUCAGUUUAUUUUAUUUUAUUAACCAGGCCUGACUCACCUGACACUAUUUAUACGUGCUCUUGUAAACACCUUGUCUUCAUGCUCACUUCAGCCAGGGAAAACAAAUACUACAUGUCCAAAACCCACAAUUAAAUUUCCCUUUAAUGGAGCAUGGGAGGAAUUUUGUCGUGCCAGUACUUCUUUUUAGUCUUGUACACUUCCUUAACGAUAUUUGCCUACGCUUCGUUAUGUGUCUGCAGCUUGGCUUGCACCGUUCAGAUCGAACACUGACUCUGCCUCCAUGCCAACCGCUGUGGUUUUAUGACCUUCUCUGUCAUAAUGGGAAUAAUUGAUGGGGAAAAGAACGCCUCCAGACAGUGUAAAUGUUCUGGGUUAAGUCUUAUUAGGUCCGGAAGUUAUUUUAGUUGUUUGAAUUCUGGAAACCUUUUUUAAGCUAAUAUUUCCCCUCCUACAUGAUCAUUAAAAGGUCACAGGAAUAUUAAAAAAAGCACCAAUGCUCGGACCGUUGCAUGCCUCAGUAUUAGAUCCAUAAAGCUAGUUCAUCGUGGAAUUUAGGGUUGUGUUACAGUAUUUUGAACAAAUGUAGGAUUAUUAUAGGGUAUCAGCUGACAAACGUCAGUCCAACCUGACAAACUGUUACUGCAACGAGAAAUGCCUACUACCUGGAAAAAACAACCUGAAAACAACAUGAAAGUGUGCUCUUUGCCGUCCUCAGACUUUUUCCUAUUGAGUGUGUUGUACCUCAGAGGUGUCAGUUGCAACAUGUGAGAUCUUCCAUUUCCUCCCAGAUCAGCGAGAGAGCUUCUUGUCGUGUUCUAAAAAUAGUUUAGAGAAAUUAAAACGUUACAAAGGCUUUAACAGCCUCGACUCAGGCAUCACUCAGCGGCGUUGUCGACGUGAGAGGGUGGGGUGUGACACAACAUAACAAACAACACUGGAAAGGAAAUUAGAAUGGCAAAGUCAGUGAUACAUCUGAGAGUUCAGACUGAGUCCACACUUUGUCCAUCCCAUGCAUCAGAAGAAACCUUAGACUGAUGGAUGCAUACAUAGAUAUAAAGCAUUUUUAAUUCUGAAAUUAUAAAGGGAAAAAGCAACUGUUUGGCUUUAGGA